ACCACCGCCGUUCAGACGCAUCGCUUCCAGGCGCCGAACCAACAUGCACACAGCCGCGGGACCGGGUCGGACCUUUUGAUAUAUUAAACACCCCACCAUAGUCCAGCGUUUCACUUUGCAAAACAACAACACGACCGAGGGGUUCCGCGGCGGGUCUGUUGUUGUCAGCGGUGGGAAGACGAGCCCGCUCGGUCACAUCCAGUGCGUGGAGGUGACCCCUGUGAUGCAGCUAUGCAUGUUCCUGGGUGGAUUUUGACUCUAACCUUUACCUGGUGACAGAAACUUGGACUUUUUCAUUUCUGUCACCACCUGACUGGUACAGUCCCUGCAGCACUGGGCGGGACAACGAAAAGCAAGUGAGACUGAAGGGGCCGUAGUUCUUGUGGUGGUGGUGACAGAAAAGUAGAGCCACCCUGUCAGUAGGUUGGUGGCACGUGAGACAGGAUGACCAGCCUAUUCAGACGCAGCAGCAGCAAUGGAGGCUCCAGAAGCAACGGAAGUGGUGGCGGGAGCGGCAGCGGACAGGGUCAGCUCAACAACAGCAGAUCCAACCGGCAGGUCCGACGCCUGGAGUUCAACCAGGCCAUGGAGGACUUCAAGACCAUGUUCCCCACUAUGGACUAUGAGGUGAUUGAGUGCGUGCUGCGCUCCAACAACGGAGCUGUGGACGCCACCAUCGACCAGCUGCUCCAGAUGAGCAUUGACGGACAGGGCUCGGAUGACAGUUCGGAUUCAGAUGACAGUAUCCCACCUGAGAUUCUGGAGCGAACACUAGAACCUGACAGUUCUGAUGAGGAACCGCCUCCAGUCUACUCUCCACCGACGUAUGAUAUGCACAUUUAUGACAGGAAAUAUCCAGAGACCCCACCAACCCCCCCACCAAGAUUUGAAGUCCAGCCACCUCCCGGUCACCAGCAGGUCCGAAGCUACCGGAACUGGAACCCUCCAAUGCUUGGAAACCUCCCGGAUGAUUUUCUACGUAUUUUGCCGCAGCAGUUGAACAGUAUAAAGCAGAGCUCUCAGAGCAGUGUGUCCCAGCCUUCAUCGUCAACCUCCUCAGUUUCUCCAAUAAGCCAGUGGACAGCCCAGUCUAGCUCUCGGUCCGGAGCUGCAGGGACCACUGGAGGUGCGGGAUUAACAACGGGCGGCUCCGAGCAAGACAAGAAACUGAAGCAGUACCUGGAUGACGAGCGCAUCGCCCUCUUCCUCCAGAACGAGGAGUUUAUGAAAGAGCUGCAGCGCAACCGCGAGUUCCUCAUCGCCUUAGAGAGAGAUCGCUUGAAGUAUGAAUCAAAGAAAUCAAAGUCCAGUAAUUCAUCUAGCAUGGAGAGUUCCACAGGAGAACAGCACACUGCGGCUUCAAUGGAGGCCAUCUCAGAUGACGCUCUGUUCAGAGACAAACUCAAACUCAUGGGCAAAUCAACGAGAAAGAAGCUGUUUGAAAUUGCCAGGACGUUUUCAGAGAAGACAAAGAGGAGAAAGUCAAAAAGAAGGCUCCUGAAGCACCAUUCACUGGGCACAGCCAACUCUACAGCCAAUCUCCUGGACAAUGUGGAGGGAAACCCCUGUGACGAAGAUGGUCAACGGAGGAGGGCAAACACUCAGGAAGAGACUGAACAACGUAAUGAGCCGAUAUCAUGAUCCUCCCGUGCUGCACCAUGUCAGGGUUUCCAUGGACAGAGCAACAUGACCCACGGGUGGUGGCCUUGCAGCUCUUCCAGUCUCCACCUGCCCACCCCCACCCUCAUCCAGACCAGCCAAUACAAGGCUCAGCAAUGAGUUGAGCCCCCGCCCCUCCCUUCCCUUCCUUUACCCAGGGAGCAGAAAUGGGCUGUUCCCAGCACUGGGCUGACUGUCUAUAAACGUCUUAUCUGUAUUAUAACACUUUGUUGAUAUAUAGUUUUAAAUGUAAAGGAAAAAAGCAUUAGUCCUCACCAGUAUUUGUUAACGGCUUCCUUUAGUUCCUUUAGAGGAAACACACACCUUGUGAACCUUUGUUACUUCUCCUGUUGUGUUCAGUAGCAGUCUGUGAGCGGGGUCCCUCAGUUCGGGCAUUUCAAAUCCAAAGUGUGCACAUUCCCCUUUAUAUACACUCAACCAUGUAGAGCUCUUUUUUACCAUGUUUUCUUAUCCAGAUUGUGAUAUUUAGCUGUUUCUCAACGUCAGGGGUUAUGGAACAGAAACUCUUUGCUGUCAGAACAUUGUGGCCGCUUGUGAUGUAGCUCACCCGAUCCCAGUUAAAAGACGGUGCUCCUUUUAAAGAACGACUGGUUUGGUUUGUUUGUCAGAGUGCCGACCAGUCUAUUGUAGCAGCACGGGUGAAAGCUGUGAUGAGAUAGUGUGGUGAGAACAUUAAACAUGGGUGGCAGACCUGAGUUUCACACUUUCAAAUAGCAAACACUAUGAAACUUUAAUCCCAGCAUACAAGCUGGUGUCGUUUGAACUGAGAGAGGUAUUCUAAAUGUCAGAGUCAGCCCAGCUGAUGUUGUCAGAGUGGGUGUCACAUCCCUACACAACAACAACAACACAACUUCAAUGACAGUAAAACUGAUCAUGUGUGGGUUAAUGGCAGAGAAGCAGAAAGGACAAAUUAGAAAUGCUUAUCAGUGACUCCUGCUGGUCGGUUUGGGUACCAUCACCCCUACACGGCCCAUGGUGACCCCUGGCAGCAUAGCAGAAAGAGUGAUCCACAUAAAAAGUAUACAAAUAAUAGCAAAAAAAAAAAAAUCAAAUGCUCGUCAGAGCAAAUGUUGACGAGUGGCUACCAGAUGUCAACAUCUACCUCCUCCUACCCAUAAGCCCUUGCAUUUCCAGGGUCCUGCCCUGUUGGUUUGCUUAAUGUUUUCUCUCAUGCCACCUCCAGAGGAACUUUGCUGAUAAUCUACCAAGUUUCCACAACUCUUACGUUAAAUGGUUUUUGCAAGAAGUUGAUGAAAUCCAAGUUGUCCUUCUGAGCUCUUUGCUGUAUCUCAGGUCGUCCCUGUCCUCUCCCAGCGAGUCACGUCAGAGAAUUGUGAUGGUCAAGUGUGUGUGUUUGGGAGGAUGACAAUGAAGUGGGGGACUGAAGUUGGGGAAAAUGAAAAAAAAAAAAAGCUUUUGAGGUUUUCAUCCUCACCGUUCUGCUGUGCAUUUCCUUUGUAUGUGUAGAUGUGAAUCUAGCAUGGUUUAGAGAAGUAGUACCAGGCUGAUGUAGCCUGUGUGAACAGAGGAUGUCGGGAGAGGAACACUAAGCGUAAAUGUGUGUAGUAGAAUUGCAUUGCAAAGAUUUCUUGGGAAAGUGUCUGGAUUUCAGAUAUAGACAAUUUAGAAGAAUUUACUUUCUCCCUUUUGUACAUACAAUUUUUUUUCUCAUCACUUUUGGAUUAUUAUUCUCAGUCAUGUGAACGUUCUCUUUCCCCUUUGAUUAAAAGUAUUUAACAAACUA